AUGGAGCAGCUACACAAGCCGCACCGCAAAUCCAAGGAGAAGAAGCAGCAGAGCACUGCGGAGCGCAAUCCCAAGGCGUUUGCCUUUGCGCGUCCCGGAAAGCUUCAACGACAGGCUGCUCGGUCUUCAGAUAUCAAAGAAAAACGAUUCCACGUUCCUCUGGUUGACCGACUACCUGAUGAAGCGCCUCCUCGUCUUGUGGCCCUCGUCGGCCCUCCCGGUGUAGGAAAGACGACCCUGCUCAAGUCUCUGAUCCGCCGAUACGCCAAAGAAACCAUCACCGACCCUCAAGGCCCGAUCACAGUCAUCACUUCGAAAAAGCAGCGCCUGACAUUUGUUGAGUGUCCCAAUGAGCUCGAGGCCAUGGUCGAUAUUGCCAAGGUAGCGGACAUUGUCUUGCUGCUAAUCGACGGCAACUACGGCUUCGAAAUGGAGACAAUGGAAUUUCUCAAUGUUCUCGCCGCCACUGGUAUGCCAGGCAAUGUCUUUGGUGUUCUGACACAUUUGGAUCUCUUCAAGAAGCCACAGGCUCUCAAGGAAGCGAAGAAGAGACUCAAGAAGCGACUUUGGACGGAACUCUACCAAGGAGCCCACCUCUUCUACCUGUCUGGUGUCAUGAACGGUCGCUAUCCCGAUCGCGAAAUCCACAAUCUGUCUCGUUUCCUGUCCGUCAUGAAGAACCCGCGCCCCCUGGUAUGGCGCAACGCCCACCCAUAUACUAUAAUCGACAGCUUUCGAGACAUCACCCAUCCUACCAAGAUUGAAGCCGAUCCGAAAUGCGACCGAUCGAUUGUUCUGUCUGGAUACCUCCGAGGGACAAAUUUUGCGGCUCAGGAUCAGCGAGUGCAUAUACCAGGUCUUGGAGACUUUACUGUCGCCAACAUGGAAGUGCAGCCAGAUCCCUGCCCUACACCAGCCAUGGAGCAAGCUUUGGCCAAGAUCACAGGCAAGACAGGCCGGAGACGACUAGACGAAAAGGAAAAGAGGCUUCACGCUCCCAUGUCGGACCGCAGUGGCUUGAAGAUUGACGGCGACGCCAUUUGGAUUACCAAAGAAAAAGGCUUCACCUUUGAUAGGGAUGCUGAGGAUGAUGGAGAUCGCGGCGAAGGUGAGGAAAUGAUUAUCGGCCUUCAAGGUGAGCGGAGACUGCUCGGCCAAACCGAAGAGGGCCUACAGCUCUUCCAAGGCGGAGAGACCAUCAAGGACGUCCCUCAAGAGGAGGAAAACACAGGGCGCAAAACUCAGCGUAAAGCGAGAAUGGCGGAGCGUGAAGGCGACGACGACGAGGAUAUGGACAACGAUGAGGGCUUUGUAAGCGGCAGCGAUUAUGAGGGUUCCGAAGCCGAGUUUGAUGAGGGCAAGCUAGGAAGCGUGUUCCGCAAGGACGCAGACAAAGAAAAUGGCGAGGACGAAGUCGCGUUCGCCGACAGUGACUCUGACUUGGGCUCUAUGUCGGAGCUUGAUGAGGAAGAAGAGGAAGAUUACGACUCAGACGAAGAGGCUGCUGCCCUGCGAUGGAAAGAAGAUUUGACUGGCAAGGCGUUCAAAAUGCACGGGCGCAAGCGGUCCUACCACACUGGCGAUCUUGCGCGAUUCAUGUACGAUACAUCUAUGACACCUGAGGAGGCUCUGAAACGAUGGAAGGGCGAGGACGACGAAAAGGAAGAGGACAUCGAGGAUGAAGACGAUGACAACUUCUUCAAGAAGACGUCACGAGAAGAAGAAGAUCUCGUAGAAGACCGCUACAUCCCCGAGUACGACUACCAAGACUUGGCGACCAAGUGGGCGGAAGAAGAGCAGAUGGAGGCUCUGCGCCGCAAAUUCACCGCAGCCGACAUGAGCCGCCGUGACGGCGGCGACGACGAGGACGGCGAAAGCUGGAACGGCGCCUCGGACGCCGAGGCGGACAGCGACGGCGACGGCGAGUUUGAAGAUCUUGAAGCCGCAGAAGGCGAGGGCAAGACCAAGGCCGUCGAUCAGCCGUCAGCAGAGGACAUCGAGGCGGAGCGCGAGAAGAAUGCGCGUCGCAAGGAGGAGCUCCGCCAGCGCUUCGAGGAGGAGGACCGUGACGGCUUCCUCAACGACAAGGCCAACGCGCGGCGCGAGGGCGGCGAUGUGCAGGAGUUUGGCGAGGACGACUGGUACGACGCGCAAAAGGCCAUGAUCCAGAAGCAGCUCGACAUCAACAAGGAGGAGUACGGAGAGCUCGACGACCGGCAGCGGUCGGCGGUCGAGGGCUACCGCGCGGGCAAGUACGCCAAGCUGGUGCUCGAAAACGUGCCGGCCGAGUUCGUGUCGCGGUUCGACGCGCGGCUGCCCAUCAUCGUGGGCGGGCUCACGGCGACCGAGGAUCGCUGGGGCUUCGUGCAGGUGCGCAUCAAGCGGCACCGCUGGCACAAGAAGAUUCUCAAGACCAACGACCCGCUCAUCUUCUCGCUCGGGUGGCGGCGCUUCCAGUCGAUGCCCAUCUACUCCAUCUCGGACUCGCGCACUCGCAACCGCAUGCUCAAGUACACGCCCGAGCACAUGCACUGCUUCGGCACCAUCUACGCGCCGCUGAUUGCGCCCAACAGCGGCUUCGUCUGCUUCAACUCCAUGUCGGGCGGCACGCCGGGCUUCCGCAUCGCCGCCACCGGCACCGUGCUGUCGGUCGACGAGUCGACCGAAAUUGUCAAGAAGCUCAAGCUCACGGGCACGCCGUACAAGAUCUUCAAGAACACGGCCUUCAUCAAGGACAUGUUCAACACGUCGCUCGAGAUUGCCAAGUUUGAGGGCGCCGCCAUCAAGACCGUCUCGGGCGUCCGCGGCCAGAUCAAGCGCGCCCUGUCCAAGCCCGAGGGCCACUUCCGCGCCACGUUUGAAGACAAGAUCCUCGUCAGCGACAUUGUCUUUCUGCGCGCCUGGUACCCCAUCAAGCCGCACCGCUUCUGCAACCCCGUCACCAACCUCAUCGGGUGGCAGCCCAUGCGCCUGACUGGCGAGGUCCGCCGCGACCAGGGCCUGACGGCGCCGCAGCAGAAGAACAGCCAGUACCGCAAGAUUGAGCGCGAGGACCGCCACUUCAACGCCCUCAAGGUGCCACGCGCCCUCGCCGGCGACCUGCCCUUCAAGUCGCAGAUUGUCCAGACCAAGCCGCAGAGGAAGCCGACGUACAUGCAGAAGCGCGCCGUCGUGGCCGGCGCAGGCAGCGGGGAGGAGGAGAAAAAGGCCAGGGCGCUCAUGCAGCAGCUGCUCACGGUGCGCAACGACGCGGCCGCCAAGCGGCGCGCGAAAAAGGACGAGACGCGCACCGUCUUCAAGAAGAGGAUGGCGGACAAUGCCGCCAAGAAGGAGGCGCGGGAGAAGCGCGAGUCCAAGGAGUUUUGGCGCAAGAAUGGCCGCAAGAGAGCCGCGGGCGACGAGGGCGGCGGCGGUGCCGGAGGCAAGCGCAGCAGAAAGUAG